UGGUUGUUACGUCGCCGCACACGCAUUUCUAGUUAACAAUCAAAGAAAUUGCAGUUAAUUAAUAAAAAUGUUGCCUUUAGCACGCGGUAUUUACAGCAGCUUGACACAAAUAACACGCAACAGUCGUGCAGCAUUGCAUACAGCCGGAGCGUUGCGUUGCAAAGCAGAACCAGCAGCCGAAACUGAAACACCUGCAGAUGGAGAAGAAAAUUCUGAAAAUACUGCCAAUGCCGCUCCAGAUCCAAAGGAUCGCAAAAAUGUUAUACCGGUGGAGACCUCGAUACGUUAUCUGAAAAGCGCAGCAUACAAAACAACUUAUGGCGACGAGUUUGUGUGGACACAAUAUCGUCGCAAUCAUAAGGGCAUGUAUGCGCCGCGCAAGACCCGCAAGACCUGCAUACGCCAGGGCAGAAUCAGCACCGGAAAUCCUUGUCCCAUCUGUCGAGAUGAGUAUCUUGUGCUGGACUACCGCAACACGGAGUUGCUGAAACAGUUCAUCUCGCCGUAUAGCGGCCAAGUGCUCAGCUACUCCAAGACGGGUCUCUGCCAGAAGAGUCAUUUGCGUCUGACUGUCGCCGUGGAGCAGGCACGUGAUUGUGGUCUAAUCACCUACGACGUGCCUUUCCGAGAGUACGAUUACAGCGAGUACUAUGGAAAAAAGGAGGAAUCCAAGCAGUAAAUAAUUAAAGUUUAUU